GCGCACGAGAGGAGCACGCGCACAGCUGGAUGGAUCCUCCACGUUGCUGGAGUUUGUCACCGGAGGAAGAGAAGCGGCACCGGGACACGGAUCCUCUCACCGGCGGCUUCACACUCCGGUGACGUGAGGAGCGGACGCACACCAACACACUCUCACACACGCGGGGAGAAGAAGGAGCCGCUUGGUUUUCAUGAGUUGAAUCUGAUCGGUCCUCCUCACACACACGGAGCCAUGAUGGAUUCUAUCCUGGACAGUCUGGCCGCGGAGAGACUCUACCCCACCGGAGGAGCCAACCUGUUGGACCUGGAGGAGCUGAGCGACGGAGACUUCCUCACGAAUGUGCCUUUUUCAGGUGACCAGAUGGACGACUUCAGCAGCGAAUUAUUCAACAGUUUCUUCGACGACCAUCUAUUAGAGCGCCCCCUGCUGGCAGACAGACCCUCACCUUUACACAUGGACAUCGACAGCAGCCCAGAUAUUCAAGCGGAGCACAGCUACUCCUUGAGUGAAGACUCCGCCCCCCAGAGCCCAGCCCUGUCAAUCAAAAUGGACCAAGAGUCUGAGUUUGAAUGGAGCUUCAGCCAGGACCUCUCCGCCAUCUUGGUGAAACAGGAGGAACCUGAUGUGGGUCAAAGGUUAGAUCCUCCGCCUCUGGAAGGCCCGCCUCUCAUAUUAAGCCCUGCACCCCCGCACAGAGGAUCGUCCUGGAAACACACGGAGCGCAGUCAAGACAACAUGAAGCCAGUGGCUAUAAAAGAUGAACCCAGAGAGGUCGGACAGUGUCUCAGUCUGCCCAGUGAUGAUGCUCUGCAGCUCCCGCCCACCCCUCCCAGCAGUAACCACGGAGACAGCGACGGCUCCCUCCCUCCGUCCUCCCCGCUCCUCCCUCUGCCCCCGUCUUCCCCUCAACCGCAACAGAGGCCAGGAGGUCGGGCCUCUUCUUCCUCCUCCUCCUCUUCCUCAGCCAUCUCCUCCUCACCUCUCCUCACUGCGCCACAUAAGCUGCAGGGCUCAGGACCCCUCAUUCUGACAGAAGAAGAGAAGAGGACCCUGGUGGCUGAGGGUUACCCAGUACCAAACAAACUCCCCCUCACCAAGAGUGAAGAGAAGGCACUGAAGAGAGUCAGAAGGAAGAUUAAAAAUAAGAUCUCAGCUCAGGAGAGUCGGAGGAAGAAGAAAGAGUAUGUGGAAUGUCUGGAGAAAAAAAUUAUUGGGUGGAUUGCAAGUGGUUUGUCUCUCCUACAGCAGCUCCAGAAGCUUCAGUCACUGAUUUCAGGGAAAGUCGUUCCCCGUUCUAAAAUGGCCUCAACUCAAACAGGGACGUGCCUCAUGAUGGUGGCUGUGUGUUUCGUCCUGGUGUUGGGCUCCUUCUCCCCUUGUCUCUCCCCCCUCUCCUUCCUCAGUCACACCUCCUCCUCUUCCUCUCACUCCUCUCAAUCUCCCCCUCUUCCGUCAGCGGACCUCUACACCACCAGUCAGGUCCGCUCCCGCAGCCUGCUCUUCUAUAAUGAAGGGGCCCCAUUGGAGGAGAGUUUAGUGACAUCAGAAGGGGAGAGGCUACAGUCAGAGGCCCGCUCCCACAUCCAGACGAGCCGUUACACCGCUGACGCCAACAGAAACCACACAACUGGGCCCGAGUUAGACCGGAGAGAAACGAAACCAGACGGAGCCUCGAAGUUUUUCUGACAGACUGCACGACUCCUCCUCCCGUGACCUCUCACCUCUGACCCCUAAAAAGCCCAAAACCUCCACAUCCCUGGACUCACCGAGGUUUCACAUCAACGUUACUCUGUCCAUAAUCAACCGUCAUCCUUUUCGUGAGUGACUCAGACACUGCACUCCUCUCAUCCUGAAGUCAUGCUUCACUUCAAAUGUCUGCUACACCUGAAGAUACUUGAUUUUAAAGAGACCUUAUCAUCGGAACUUAAGAUAUUGUACUACUUUCAAAUACCCUAAAUAAUCCAUGUGUAUUAAUAUUGAAGAGAUACUUUAAAACCCUGUGUGUUAAUUCAAGAGCCUCUGGACAGUGAACAGUGACUUACAGAUACAAUUUGUACCAUAACAACUAACAAAUAACUUAGACCUAAAACGUAAAAGUUAUUAGUGACUAAAGAGACUCUCUUCUUGUGGCAGAGAGCUUUAUGGGUAAUGUAGUCUUAAUGUUGAGAGAAACACAGAGAAAUAUAUCUUGCACCUUUACAUACACAUAUACAUCAAUGUAACAAACCUCCACCGUUGGAUUGUGUGUUAUGUUGUCCUUCCAACCGACUCUAGAUUUCACUGGAUAAGUGCUUUAAUUUAGUAUCAAUUGUAAAGCAUAUAUUAAUCAAGGGCUGGGGAUUAUUGAUUAAUCUAUUUCUUAUUGUUUUGAUUAAUCAAUUAAUCGCUGAGUCCAGAAAAUGUGAAAGUGUGAAGAGAACCUGUCACACUGUCCAGGUCAAGGUGACAUCUUUAAAAAAUAAACUUUGGAUAUUUUCGUACUAUUGCAACAUACAUAUCACAAAAGAAGGGAGCUAGAAAAAGCUUCAAUUAUCAAAAUGGAUCCUUUUUUGCUAUCAUCUAAAGAACUAAUCACGUCAGCUCUUUUAUUUUUUUUGUCCACUCCUUUUAAAUGCAACUUGUGUCUCUCCCAACACUUUACCAAAGCAGACAUGCCAGUGUGUUAAAAACGAAAACAUCCUGUGCCAUUUUUUAAAAGUGCCUCUUAAAUGUGACUAACUCAGCCUUAUACUGUAUCUAAUGCCCACACAUGCAAUUAUAAACCUGGAUACUUAACUUUACUUAACUUAAGCAACAUUACACAUUUUGUUUACAUCUGGCCUUUGGGACUUUGGCUCUAGUUUAACAUUUUAAUUUACGUGCCUGUGGAACUAUUUCUGGGCAUAGUAGCAAAACCUUUAUGCUCAACUUACCUUUAGGCCGGAUCCAGCCUUGGUCUGAAGAGCAUAAAAAGACAGUUUUGUAAUGUGUUUUCAGGUUAUUACAAAUUAACAUCUGAUGUGAUUAAAACUCGUUUUUCACUUCCACAUCCUUCUCACAACAUUAGUACUUUUUGGGCUGGAAACCGUGUUUUCAUUCCAACAGAGUAUUGAAGGGGUCCUGACAGAGGCUGGGGAAUCAUGACAUAAAAAUAUUUUUAUGGAAUUUUAAAAAUUGUAUAUGUAAUAUAUUUGCAGCAUCAAAAAAGAGCA